GCCAUGUUGACAACAAAUGUGUAAAAAUUUCGUGUAUGUUGGAUUGUAGUGUCAAGAUGCACGCUAGAUCGACGUCUAUAAAGGUCUAGCACGGGCAGAAAGACCACAAUGUCAACAUAUGGCCCUAAUUCGUCAUCUAGGGAAGCAAAACCUGGGUUUUGGAAAACGGGUGCCAGUGUCCCCGGCAGCAUCAAACCUGUAUAUGGAGCACAGCAUCCGCCCAUGCAGCAGAAGCUUGCAAGUGGUUCUCCAAAAAAGGAAGAUAAGUUGAAGAAUUACAAGCGUGAUGCAUUUCAAGACUUUGAGAGUCAGACAUCAGAUGCGUGGGAUGACGGUGACGACGACCUGCUUCAGAUGGCCAGUGUCCAGAUGUCCUUAAAGGAUGUCCAGUCCUCGGCUCGGGCGGUGCUCGUCAACCACAGCAAGCAGCACAACUCCAGAACGAAUGCCGACCCUGGCAGUAACAUGAGUGGAGGGUCCCAUGGAGGCCCCGGGGUGGGGGUGAGACUCAACAACAGCUGGCAGCCCCCGAAACAGACCCCCAUCAGGUACAACCGACCUACUACAUCAGAUGCAGAGGCAGCAAAGCUGGAAAAGUUUAAGUCCCUGCUGGCAGAGCCAAACAUAGAUCUGGAUGACUUACGGAAAGCCAGCUGGUCUGGUAUACCCAAAGCUGUGCGACCCACAACAUGGAAAAUACUGGCAGGUUACCUGCCACCGUGUGCAGAUCGCAGGCAGGCCACUCUGGAGAGAAAGAGGAAGGAGUACUUUGGCUUCAUCGACCAGUAUUAUGAAACUAGACACCAUGAUAUGCACCAAGAUACUUUUAGACAGAUUCUAAAAGAUAUUCCUCGCAUGACUACAAUUGCACACUUGAUGCAACAUAAGGUCAUACAAGAAAUAUUUGAAAGAAUUUUGUACAUAUGGGCAAUACGGCAUCCUGCAAGUGGCUACGUCCAAGGAAUCAACGACUUAGUCACACCCUUCUUUGUAGUGUUUCUGUCCGAGUAUAUAGACAAUGAUGUGGAAAGCGAGAACUGUGAUCUGCGAGAGCUGCCGAAGUCCACACUGGAUGUGAUCGAGGCUGACAGCUUCUGGUGUACGUCCAAGCUGCUGGACGGCAUCCAGGACAACUACACAUUCGCACAGCCCGGCAUCCAGCUGAAGGUCGGCGCCCUCCGGGAGCUCAUCAACAGGAUCGAUGCCCCCCUACACAAACACAUGGAGGGGCAGAACGUGGAGUACCUACAGUUCUCCUUCCGCUGGAUGAACAACCUCCUGAUGAGAGAGAUCCCUCUCCGCUGUACCAUCAGACUGUGGGAUACCUACUUGUCGGAAGUGAAUGGCUUUGCAGACUUUCAUCUGUAUGUGUGCGCAUCAUUUCUACAUAGAUUUACACAUGACAUCUUAAGGGAGAGAGAUUUCCAGGGUAUCCUGAUGCUACUACAGAACCUUCCAACUCACCACUGGGGAAACAAGGAGAUCGGGGAGGUACUAGCAGAGGCGUUCAAGCUCAAGUACAUGUUUGCUGACGCCCCCAACCAUCUGAGCCACAAGUCGUGACACAGGGCAUCAUCGUGACUUGGUCUACAGCAGUCUAGCAUGGGGUGAUGGUGUCAGACAAUACAAUGACUCUGUUCAGGGCCAUGUCAGGGGUUACAAGAGACAAGGAAUCAUGCCUGGUACGGAAGAGGCGUUCGAGGAACUGCAACAGGGAUGUGAUGACUGCAACAAGGAUGUGAUGACUAUGUCGCAGACGAAAGGACUGGAGUCGAUGUAUGACUGUGCCAAUAUAUACCAUAGCAGCUUCUUAUAUUGCAGAAGAACUUGAAAGCCAUAGUUCUGCUCUGUAUGACAUAUAGGUAAAUAGGGCAAAAAUCACACUAAGGCAUACUCAAAGAAUUGAGGACUCCCAGUGCCUGUACCAGGCUCUGAUCCAGAGUUAUCUCCCCUGUGUGUACUCUUGUGGUGAAGAAACUCCAAUCAAAGUUCAGACUCUUGAAUGGUUAUGUUUGUUUUUCAAUGAUUCUUUUAUUUUAAUUAAGUUGAAGACAUUAAUGUUGACCUGUAUGUAUGCCCUUGCUGUUAAACGUUAAAUAUUAGCUGGAAAUACACUGUUUAUCUCUUCUGGAAAAUGUCAAAACCUACCAGAUAGAAUUAAGCACUACGUUUACAGAACCGUGUACUGAUACUCUCAUCUCACACACACACAAGUAGCAAACAUUGUCAAUCAUGAUGAUGAUGAUAAAACAGCUAUGAAAACAAAUAGUAUAUUAUCAGAAGCUUCUUUUCAAAGUGGGGGCACGGGUGGCCCAGUUGUCUAAGGCGCUGCGAUUCACUGUGCAGAGUUGCAUCCCUUGGAAGUGCCAGAAACCUUUGAUUGUGGGUUUGAAUCCUGGUUCGCCCCGAUU